AUGGGAAAACACGAGAAAGGAAGCGCGAAAGAGCUGGCGAAUCGCACGAAAUCGAAAGGAUUGCAAAAAUUGAAAUGGCAAGUCAUUCAAAAAAUGCGAUCUCUCCUCAAAAACACGAAUUUUGCAGGUUUUGUCAAAUGUGUCAGAAGCAGUGCCGCGACGCGAACGGAUUCAAGUGCCAUCUGACUUCGGAGGCACAUCAACGCCAACUUUUGCUGUUCGCCGAAAACUCGAAUCAAUAUUUGCGACAGUUUUCCAACGAUUUCGAAAAGAAUUUCAUGCAACUGCUGCGCACCUCGUACGGAACGAAGCGUGUUCGUGCGAAUGAGGUCUACAAUGUGUAUAUUAAGGAUAAGGUAGGCCAAUUGUAUCGAUUAAAUGCUAAAAAUUCGAAAAUUGACAGAAUUAUCUUGAGAAAAUCGGAAAUGCGCCGAUUUGCUGCAGCAACGCUCAUUUUUCCUUGCAAAAUUUACGAGAAAAAGAGUUUUUCGCUAACUUUUUUCUUUCACACAUGUCAAAAUAAUCGUGGUUUCCAUGCGUUUCUCAGUUUUCCCGCCAAAUUUUACACAUUUUCCUCAAAUCUCAAAAACAUUUUCAAAACCAAACGAUUUCAGGGCCACGUGCAUAUGAACUCGACAGUGUGGCACUCGCUGACCGGCUUCAUCCAAUAUCUGGGCUCGUCGGGAAAGUGCAAGAUCGACGAGGGCGACAAAGGAUGGUACAUUGCCUACAUCGACCAGGAGGCGGUCAUUCGGAAGGAGGAGGAUCAGAGGAAGGCGCAGCAGGAGAAGGACGACCAAGAACGGCACAUGGCCAUCAUGGAGGGCAUGGUCCAGCGGGGACUCGAACUCGACGACGGACACAAUUACGAGGCGACCGAGCUGCUAAGGGACACGCCCGAUCAGAAAAUCACUUUGGAGUUGAACCUGGGACAGAAAAAGCCGACUCUGGAAGAGCUGAAUCGACCCACAACAUCCAGUGUGUCGGUCUUCGAUUUGAAAGUAAACACGAAGAAGGAGGAGCCCGAAUCGGACGGGGAGCAAUCCAAAAAAAGAGCGGAGAAGAAGAGAAGAAGGAGUAGAAGUAGAAGUCCGGAGAAGCGGAAGGACGGAAAACGCGAGAAGAAGAGCGCGUUGGACGAGAUUAAAGAGAUGGAGGAACGGAAAAAGGAGCGGAAGAACAGGAAAGACUACUGGAUGGCCGAGGGAAUUGUGGUCAAGGUAAGCGGUUCGAAAUGUGUGGGAAAAUGAGAAUUUUGUGCGUGUGUUCCCAGGUUUAACGCACAUUUUUGCAGAUAAUCACAAAAUCGCUGGGCUCGGAGUACUACAAAUCGAAAGGAGUGGUGAAGAAGAUGUUGGACGAGUACACGGCGCAAGUGAAACUCGACGACGGCACGAUUGUGAAGCUGGACCAAUCGCACGUCGAGACGGUCAUUCCGUCGAUCGGAAGACACAUGCUCGUCGUGAACGGCGCCUAUCGAGGCAGCGAAGCGGUUAGUCACGGAAAAACGGCACCUUUUGAGCCGUUUUCCGGUCAAAUACGCACAAAACUCAACAUUUUCCAUUUUUGCAGAUCCUCGAGAGCAUCGACGAGAAAAACUAUUGUCUGAAUGUGAAAAUCGCGGGCGGACCGUUGCGCGGACGUCAAAUUCAGGUACCGUACGAGGACGCGAGCAAAUUGGCCUAA